AUGGAUGUGGUACUGUCGCAACUAUUGCCCUGCCUGCGCCAUCGUCAAAGAGGCAUUGCGGUACGACGCUUCAUCCAUGUGAUGCCUGCUUUCUUCUCGCAUCGACUUUCCACACCAAGCCCUGACCUCAUCCAACACGCACGUGCGAUAUCCCCCCGUCUCAUCGUUUUUUUUAACAUCGGAAGGACUACCGGGAGAUAG